CAUCCGAGGCACUCCAAUUACUUCUUCGUUCAUUACCUGAAAAUUGUUUAUUUAAUGUGGUAUCAUUCGGUUCCCACUUUGAUUCUCUAUUUGAAAAGAGUCAACCUUAUUCCGAAGGAAGUUUCUCAAAAGCUCUCAAACAUGCACAAGAAAUGACUGCAAAUUAUGGAGGAACUGAAAUUUAUAAUCCUCUAAAAUGGGCUUUUGAAAACUCAAGGAAUGAUAUGCCAACUUCCGUUUUCUUUCUUACUGAUGGUCAGGUUUACAAUGUUGAUCAAAUUGUAGAACUUAUUAAAUCUUGUGAAGAAAAGAAAAAAGAUGAUUUAAGAUUCUUUUCAAUUGGAAUUGGUGAUUCAGUUUCUCAUAAUUUAAUUGAUUCUGUUGCCCGUGCUGGUAAAGGAUAUUCUCAAUUUGUUACAAAUACUGAAAGAAUGGACAAAAAGAUUUUGGGAAUGUUAAAAAAUGCUAUAAAACCUCCUAUUAAGGACUAUAAUAUUACUUGGACUGACCAAAUCAUUGAAGAUUCUUUACCAAUAGAAACUAAUACAUCCAAUAAACCAACUAUUAGUUUCUUUAGCGAUAAUACUACACCCCCAUCUCCUAUUAAAAACAUCUUUACAGACAUAAAAAUUCAACAAGCUCCAUAUUUAAUUCCACCAAUUUAUCCUGGUGCCCGAUUCAUAGUUUAUUGCUUUUUAGAAAAAGGUGUUGAAGCUUGCAAAGAAAUUACAUUAAGUGCAAUUUCUCAUGAUGGCCCUAUGAAGCUUUCUAUUCCAUUGGAUCCCGUAGUUUUACAAGGAUCAAAAAUACAUACACUUGCUGCCAGAAAAGUUAUUCAAGAUCUUGAAGAUGGAACUUCAUUUAUUCAUAAACAUUCAAAAAAUGUGGGGAAAAGUAUACCAAACUCAUUUAUUCGUGAACAAAUUGUAAAAUUAGGUGUAAUGUAUAAUUUGGCUUCUAAAUAUACAAGUUUUCUUGCAAUUGAUGAAAGAGAUAAUAAGUUUGUGACCGAAGCCAAAAGUUUACCAGCCCAAAGAAUAGUCCCACUUCCUCCUCUUAAUGCACAUCCUACUUCAGUUCCCAUUUAUGCGAGAAGUGCUCGUCGUAAUCAAGUAAAAAUACAAGGGUUAGGGGUUAAUAAUAUUGUUAAUUCUGUGGCUUGUUCAGCUUUAAUUUCAGCUCCACGGUGUGCCUCUUUUCAAUUCUCUGAUGAGUCGUCUUUAGAGGAUUCGGAUUUUUCUUACUGCAGUGGCGAUUAUCAAUUUAGUGAUUCUUUUGCACCGGUUUUACCAACUACUUCUGUAAAAUCAAAACCUCCAUAUAUUGAAACUCUUUAUAAUUUUCUCGAUUUCCAAUCUUUUAAUGGAUCAUUUUUACCAUCUACUAACUUUUAUUCUUGGUUUGGUAAAAAUGAUUUUAAAGAUUUUGAAGUUAUUGGAAUUGAAAAUGAGAAUGUAUUAUGUUUGGCAUUAGCAAUGGCAUAUUUGGAAAUUAUAAUGUUUGAAACAUUUAAGGAUGAAUGUGAAAUGUGUUAUGAAAAAGCCAAAAAAGUCUUGAAAAAAGAAGUUGAUGGAGAUGAACAAAAGAUUAAUGAGAUUUUGGAGAAAGUUAAAGAAUGGGUUAAAAAGUGGGCUGAUGAAUAA